AUGGAUGUAAAGUCGGGCCGCAUACAUUUGCCAUUCAGAUAUGAGAUUUGUCAUGAAUCAUUUAGACUGAAAACGGUGCUAGAACGCCACAACGAUUCAGUACAUAAUCAAAGCGAUCCCUGUGGAUCUAAGAUUUUAGAUGAUAUAUUGGACCUAGAGAGUGACCUCGAGGGUCGCAAUUACUCAGAACAUAAUCAAAGAACAAACUUUGAAUGUGAGAUUAGUCAUCAAUCAUCUAGACGGCAAAGUGACCUCGAGGGUCACAAUUACUCAGAACAUAAUCAAAGCCAACCCUGUGAAUCUAAGAUUUUAGAUGAUAUAUUGGACCUAGAGAGUGACCUCGAACGUCACAAGGACACAGAACAUAAUCAAAGCAAACCCUGUGAAAGUAAGAUUUUUCCUGAUUCGUUUGAACAAGAAAGUGACCUCGAGGGUCACAAUUACUCAGAACAUAAUCAAAGCCAACCCUGUGAAUCUAAGAUUUUAGAUGGUAUAUUGGAUCUAGAGAGUGACCUCGAGAGUCACAAGGACACAUACCAUAAUCAAAGCCAACCCUUCGAAUGUGAGAUUUUUCCUGAUUCAUUUGGACAGCAAAGUGACCUCGAGAGUCACAAGGACACAGACCAUAAUCAUAGCCAACCCUUUGAAUGUGAAAUUUGUCACAAAUCAUUUGGACGAAAGGUGAUUGCACACGAUCAAGUGUUCGAUGAAAAGUUGAGAGACACAUUGAGGUUAAAAGACAUGGAUAUAAUAUGGGGCAGCAUACAUUUGCCAUUCAAAUAUGAGAUUUGUCAUGAAUCAUUUAGACUGAAAACGGUGCUCGAACGCCACAACGAUUCAGUACAUAAUCAAAGCGAUCCCUGUGGAUCUAAGAUUUUAGAUGAUAUAUUGGACCUAGAGAGUGACCUCGAGGGUCGCAAUUACUCAGAACAUAAUCAAAGCCAACCCUGUGAAUCUAAGAUUUUAGAUGAUAUAUUGGACCUAGAGAGUGACCUCGAACGUCGCAAGGACACUGUUCAUAAUCAAAGCAAACCCUGUGAAAGUGAGAUUUGUCCUGAUGCGUUUGGACACGAAAGUGACCUCAAGGAUCACAAUAACUCAGAAUAUAAUCAAAGCCAACCCUUCGAAUGUGAGAUUUUUCCUGAUUCAUUUGGACAGCAAAGUGACCUCGAGAGUCACAAGGACACAGACCAUAAUCAUAACCAACGCUUUGAAUGUGAGAUUUUGAAUGAAUCAUUUAAAUUGGAAAGUAAACUCGAGCGUCACAAGGACUCUACAGAUAAACCAAGGACAAACUUUGAACGUGAGAUUAGUCAUCGAUCAUUUGAACUGCAAAUUGACCUUGAGAAUCAUAAGGACUCAGACCAUUAUCAAAGCCAACCCUUUGAAUGUGAGACUUUUUCUGAUUCAUUUGGACAGGAAAACGACCUCGGGGGUCAAGAAGACACAGCCCAUAAUCAGAAAGAAACCUUUGAAUGUAAGAUUUGUCAUCGAUCAUUUGAACUGCAAAGUAGCCUCAAGAGUCAUGAGGAAACAGAUCAUAAUGAGAAACAACCCUAUGAAUGUGUAAUUACACAUUGCCCCAAAUCAUUGGGAACAAAUAGUAAUCUCAAUAAUCCCGAAAAUGUGACCUAA